AUGUUUAAGAAUGAAGAUAGAUUAGGUAUUGGCGUGGUUGUUAGAGAUAGUCAAGGCAUGGUCAUGGUUUCUUUAUCAGAAAAUAUCCCUCUCCCACACUCAGUUGUUAACCUAGAAACUUUGGCAACAUGUAGAGGACUUGAAUUCUCCCUUGAGCUAGGCUUCGACAAAGCAAUUCUUAGGGGUGACUCGAUCAUCGUCAUUGCCGCAUUGAGGGAUCCUUCUCCUUCUUUAGCUUCAUAUGGUCUGCUACUUCAGGAUGCCCAAAUGAUGGCAUGUUCAUUUACUUGUAUUUCCUUCCAACAUGUUGGUAGAGUAGGGAAUAAUGUUGCUCACAACCUAGCUAGACAUGCACGUCAUGUCACUGGUUUUUCAGUUUGGACGGAGGAUGUUCCUAUCCAAAUUUUUGCAGCUUACCAAGCAGAUUUGCCUAUUACUAAAUAA